AUGGGGCCGCACGCUACCUUUCUGUACCCAACGGAACUGCUGACCCUGAAUAACAUCGAUGUGAUUCAAGUCAGCUACCAGACGGUCUGGAAAAGUGUGGAUUUGUCGAUAUUUUGUGAGCUGAGUCCAGGCUCGGAUCAAUUUGCAUUGGCCAAUGUAAACCAAAUCGAGUCAAAUGGCACGUAUGCCAUUGCGCCAAUUCAAGCCGGGAUGCAAAUCCCCCAGUUCCCUACCUAUUGCAAUCUCAAGCUCUGCGAUGCCCAGAACAGUACAGACUCUACAACAGCAGCUGGCUUCACAAUGAUCAGCACCCAAGGCAUUGCUACAACCUUCGCUUUGGCCGCUACUCGAGCAGCAACGACCUCGGCAUCAGUGACUGGCGAUUCUACCAUGGCUACGAUAAGCUCUACGCAAGCCUCUGCAUCAACGGGAGCUGCCAUUAUGACCUCGCCUGGGGCUUCUGCAGCAGCCGAGACAGCCGUUUCUUCAACCCCUCGGUCUGGCGGACUAGGUAACGGCGCCAAAGCCGGUAUCGCCAUUGGCGUAAUCCUCGGCAUAAUCGCCUUGAUAGCCGCCAUUUUCUUCUACUUACGCACCAAACGGCGAAUGAAAGAGGUGGGAAAUAUGGAAACACUGAGAAGUACAGCGUCGUCAGUGGACGUCGCACUUUCCGAAAAGACUGCAGUAGAAGACCCUGCGCCAUCGUCAUCUGCAUCCACGCCCUUACCAUCUUCGGCUGAAAACGAUGGAUCUCGAGCUGCGGUCUUCAAGAUUGGGGGGAAUCACCGCAAUUCAGAAGACUGGAGACGUUUUUUUGGCAACGGGAAAAUCCAAAAGCCCGUACCUUCGUCUUAA